AAAUUGAACUUCGUGCAGGAAAUUCAAGAGUUUUUUCUUUUUUUUAAUUGGAAAGUAGGACGUCCUCGUGGCUAGCCGAGAAUUCGUAGACGACGAAUUGCUUGAUGCCUCUUCUUCCUGGUAUUGAAUGGUGGACGAACUGAAAAUAAAAAGUAUGCAACGGUAACGCGGUGUUAUUAAAAAUAUAUCAGAUGCUUGAUGCAAUUCUUAACAUUUGACUGGAAUUAUACGCUGUUAUUACUUACGAAAUUCUUGUAUACGAGUGGCUAUUCUUCGAAAAUAACAAGAUGAUGCUGAUAAAGAGUUUUUUCCGGAGGAUCAUCAAAGAUUUCCGGCACAAGGAGUUGCUACCUCUUAAAAUGAUAUUCUUCGUUCAAGCAUCGACGCUCUAUGUACUUUAUCCAUACUUGACGAUACAUAUGAGGGAGCUCGGCAUAAAUGUGGAGGAAACUGCCAUAAUGAGCGCCAUAACACCAGUGAUUGCAAUGGUGAUGCCACCCUUGGCUGGAAUGGCCGCUGAUCGUGUCGGAAAUUUCAAAAUUUUGCUAUCCCUGUUCUCAUCGUUCGGCGGAAUCGCAGCCCUUUUAUUGUUGCUCGUACCGAUCGGCAGGAUAACCGUGGAAUUUCCGAACAAGGUCGUUAUGGACCUUGGAUGUACGGGGAAUAAUGGGUUGCUUUACACCAUGAGCCAGAAUCAUCCUUGCGAGACGAGCUUGCAACCCAAGAUCUCCACCACGAUAGAGAGUUGCGGUUACAUGUGUCGUCUAGACGUUCGUAAUGACACCGAAGUGCAGUCAAUUUUAUCAUCAAAGCAAUACAUGAUCAAACGAUACAACGUGGAAACAGCUAAUUCCUCGUUCAAAUUUUCAAUUGCUCAAAACGAAAUGCCACAGGAAAUAGAAGAAGAUUUAAGGGAACACCGGAAGUUGAGGAACAACGAGCACUUCAAGACAUCGAUUCGACAAUUGUCUGUCAACGAGUAUUUCUUUCCAUCCAAUCAGAUGUACGAAUUCUCGUGCACUGUGUCUGGUUUUAUAGAAGAUUUUGAGAUAUCAACUCUAGAUCCUGCCAUGUCGAACAGGAUCUAUGAGAAUCGUACUCUUUGUACUUUCAACCCAAUUAUAUCUCACAAGGACAAUACCAAUCAGACAAAUUAUCACUCGUACAAGUCAAAAUUAAAAAUCUUAAAAACCACGGAAGAGGAUCGAGAGAAGAAACGACAAAGAUAUCUAUCGGAAGAAAUAGCGUGGACGAACAAAGAAUUUCAGAAGAUCACUUGCGGAAAUCCCGAUUUGGAGACCGACCGAAUAACUCUGACCCUACCACUUUUUAAUUACUCCUUAAACUCAGAACCUUAUAAAAUUCUGAACACGGAAGACUGCAGUAAGAGGUGCAUCGUUACUGCACCUCGUAGCGAUAUGUGCUCGAAUACAAAAAUGGUGAUCGAGUAUAACGUUGGAAUGACUUUCUGGUUAUAUUUCGCCAUUAGAGUGUUCAUCGGUGUUAUCGGUGGAACAACGUUCGCCAUGUUCGAGGGUGCAGUAAUCGCCAUAUUGCGCGAGCAAAAGGCUGAUUAUGGGCUUCAAAGGAUUUACGGCAGCAUCGGUGGUAUGAUAUCAUCGCCGCUCUCUGGACUUCUCAUUGAUUAUGCGAGCACUGGCAAAGGUUACACUGAUUUCAGGCCAGCAUUUUAUCUAUACGCGGCUCUAAAGCUGAUCUCAGGGGUGCUGAUGCUCGCCAUUAAUUUGGAAUUCAAAUCACCCGCCACAAAUGUCGUUCGCGAUGUUUUCACCGUGCUAAGGAACAUAGAAGCUGCGGCCCUCUUCAUCGCCUGUUUCAUUCUCGGAACCGCUUGGGGAUACAUCGAAUCGUUCCUCUUUUGGUUGAUACAAGAUUUAGGAGGAUCAAGAUCACUCAUGGGUAUCACCAUAACCGUAGGCGGUAUCGCCGGUAUACCAUUACUGGUACUAUCUGGCCCAAUCAUAUCGAAGAUCGGCCAUGCCAAUGUACUUUUUAUAGGCUUCGUUUUUUACGCCAUAAGACUUUGCGGUUACUCCUUGAUAUACAAUCCUUGGCACACUCUUUUCUUCGAAGCGUUAGAAUCCGUCACUUUAUCGCUUAGUUUCACCGCCGCUGUUACUUACGCGGCAAAAUUAUCCACUACCACUACCGACAGCUCGAUACAAGGAUUAUUAGGCGGUGUUUAUUACGGAGUUGGCAAGGGUUCAGGAAGCUUGAUCGGUGGAUACCUAAUGAAAGCCUUCGGCACUCGACCGACGUAUCGAAUCUUCGCAGUGGUUACUCUGAUCACGGGUAUAAUGUACUACAUCUUCAACGUGGCUUAUCUGAAAAAACGGCCGCAGGUGGAGGGGAACGACAUAGUGAAAAAGAAACCGAAGAACGUGGAGAAGCAAAAUGGUCUCGAGAGUGGAAUCAUCGAGAUCGAUUUGGAAGAGAAGAAACGUUCGAGGGGCGAGAACGAGAAGAACGAAUCGAACAAUUUAACCGGAAUCGACAACCAAGCGUUCAUCAGGGAACAAGAUGGCGUCAAGUGUUCGAGGGAGAGUCAACGAACGAAUAAUAUAGAGGCGAUUAAUAACGCGAAGAAUCUCGAUAAAAUCGAGAAAAUGCCAUCUGACGAGAGUAAGAAGAAAUUUGGCGCGAAAAGGUUGAAGAAAAUGCAAACUGACGAGCGCGAUCGAGCGAAAGAAUGCUCGAAACAAAAUGGCAGCGCGAAUCCGAGUUUGGAGAGCGAUCGAUUUAGGUGUAACGUAACCGUGGAGAAACAACCGGAAGACAAGAAGUGAAGAAAAUCCUAUUAAAUGAUCUCGAUACUCUUUUUCUUUUCUUCGUUCCUUGUCACGAAACGAUUUUUAUACCGUUCAAGGUAUAAAAUAUAGGUAUACGAAACGAGAUGUGUAAGAAAUGUGGAUGGAAGUAUAGAGGAGUUUGGUGUACAUUAUAUAUUUUACAAUACGUAAAAUUUGUACACGUGAUUAAAGGAGAUUGUUGAAUCGAAGAGAUAUAGAAUUGUUGGUGAUUAUUCGAAUGCAUAGAAUUCCUAGUCAUUUGAAAAGAAAUUUUUUAAUUUCCUUUUUUACCGAGUUUUUGUAUUAUUGUUUAUAUACAAAUAUGAUUACGUGGGAAAUGUAUUAAUUUUAAAAAUUAUUGGGAAUGAUGAUGAUGAGAAAUGAGUUUAUUAAAAAGUAAAUUUUUUUCUUGUCAUAAAAUAUUCUAAGAAAGAAUCUUCUAAGAAAGAAAAUAUUAUUUCUAAUAUUUAUUUAAAAAUAUUCUUAUUUAAUAUUUUCUUUCAUUCUUUCUUUAUGUGGAUUGUUUUAAUAGAAACACAUUUGAAUUAAUUUUUCAAUUAAUAAUUAUAUAAUAUAUUUGAAUUUAUAAUCGAAUUCUAUUAUUGUUCGAAUAAUUACAAAUAAUACUACAAUAUGAUGAUGAUGGAAUGAUACGUGAAAAUGUUAAAUUUUGUUUAUUCAUAAUUUGAUCAUGCUCGAAUAUUAUUCGGGAUUAUUUCGCAACAAAUAGCAUCGUGCAUGUACUUCACGCAAUAUCGAAUUAAUUUUAUUAUACUUUUUUAAAUAUUCGAAAAAUCAUGCAAACAUAUGUAACUAUGUAACAUUUUAUGUUGUGUAUUGAACUUAGGAUAAUGUGUAAAAUCUCUAUUUUAUAGUAAAGGAUGUUAUUUUUUCUUAAAAUAACAUUGAAGUUAAUAUAUUACGUUUAAAAAUCAUCCAUAAAUAAAAUAGUAUUUUAGAACUUUUACAGAUACAGUUAAGUUUUAAAGAUGUAACGAAUACAAAUCUAAAUCGUUAAAUCGUUACGUAGAAAAUUCCAAAAUUCAAUAGUUGAUUAAUAUUGUUAGAGAUUAAAAUGUUUUUUCUAUGCUUCUACUUUAAAAAUAUAAUUUCACAUAGAUAUUUUUUAUCACUCAUAAUAUUGAAAAUAUUUUUAAAAAUUAAAUCUAAAAAAAUUAGAAAAAAAUCCUAUAUAAAAGUAGAACAUUGAAAACACAUUUGAUUUACAAAACGUGAUAUAUAUGUAUUAUGCAAUACCUAUGUUAUAUUAUCUUUACAAAAAAUGUAUUUUUAUUAUUAGAUAUUAAUACUAAAAAUGUGAUAUUAAUAAUUUCCUUAAAGAAUAUUGAUAAUUAUGAUAGUUUAAAUGAAAUUAAUAGAAAAAUUAUAUUUAAUCGAAUUGAUAAAUAUUAUUAAAAAAAAAAGUAGGUAAUAAUAUUAAAAUACUCAUAAAUAUGAAAUAAUGAAAAAAGUACUAGAAAUAUUAUAAAUAAAUACUAAUAUUAAUAAUUUAAAAAAUAUUCAAUAUUACAAAGAAAUAUAUUUACGAUACCAAUAACUAUAAAAUGUUGCAAUUAUUUUCUAUUAUCUAAUUGAAAAUAUACCAAGAUAUAUUCGAAUACCUCUAACAAUAUUAAUUAUAAAAUCAUUUUUAUAAUCUUGUUAACACGUUCAAUAUUUUUAAAAAAAUUGUAUAAAAUUUAUGCAAUGAUAGUAGAUGAAAACGAACUAAGAAAAUCUUAAUAUACAUAAUUGACAUAAAACACAUUAGAAUUGACGAAAACGUUGUAUAAUAAAAAAUGUUAAAUAAGAAAAUAAUGACAAUUCUUCGAAAGAAACAUGUGAUAUAAUUAUGCAAGUAACGCAUAAUUACGAAUCUUCAUAAUGUAUUAUAGUUACAUCGUUUACGAGAAGGAUAAAAAUACAAAAAUAUCCCAUAGACCGAAUAGAAAAAUAAAUGAAAAUACAAAUAAUCAAACUUACUUCCCUAUUGCUCCCAUUAAAUAUUUUUAUGUGAUGUAAUGAACGAAUGUAAUGAAUAUACUCUUUCAGACAUCGCAAAAUAUCUUCGUUCAACAUCACGAUAGUGAAAUUUUUUCAUGUUAUUUAUACAUCAAAUCCCGAUAUAAAUAAUAAACUAUAUCUACUCGAUAA